GGCAACCAGUCGAUGCUGGCGUCGGCAACAGGGCCAAGCAAGCCAUUCUCUUCACCGUGCCUGAUCGAGGCCUAGUAUACGAUGCCAACUGCCGCCCGUGUUGGCUUGGCUCUGGGCUUCCCCAAUCGCCUGAUUGAGGCAGAUAAUCAUACCACUGCCACGUCUCCUGAUUGACUCGACUCACAGCUCGUCAAUGUGCGACCACUGCAACGGUUCAAUUGUGCUGCCUGAGGGCUUUUACAAGGCAGCCUGAAUUCAAGACGAAUGUUAUACAAGCAAAGGACAGCAUGACUGAACCAAAUCUCCGGCUUAUCGUUCCAGUGGGGGCUUGCCAUUCUCUCUCUUGCUCGAAAAAUGAACAUAGAUCAAUGCCAUAGCAUCAAGAUGGAACACGAGCUGAACGUCGACUAGCAACAUCAUGAGCGACGACGAGAAAAUCGAGAUUCCGGAGCCUGUCGAAGACGGCAAUGAGACGCGGAAGACUCAGCUAUCGGCAUGGCAAGCCUACUGGCGUCUCCUAACUUAUGCUAAUACUGUUGACAUCGCCUUGCGCAUAUGCGGUGCGGCGGCUGCAGCAGCAGCAGGCUCAGCAUUGCCUUUGAUGACAAUCAUUCUUGGAGACUUUGUCCAAGAUUUCAACAACUGGGGAACAGGCGCGGUCCAGCCUGCUGCCUUUCGGCACAAGGUCAAUCAAAACACUCUCUGGCUAUUGUAUCUCUUUGUCGGGAAAUUUGUGAUGGGUUACUGUGGAACCGUCAUGCAUUCUAUCUCUGCUUCUCGCAUAACCCGAAGGAUUCGUCUCCGGUACCUCCAGAUCGUCUUGCAUCAACCCAUUUCUUACUUUGAUCACCACACCGCUGGUUCCAUAGCCUCGAGUUUGUCGACAGACACCAAUCUGAUCGAAGUCGGACUUGCUGAGAAGGUUGCCACCGCCUUUCAAUCGAUCUCAAUGCUGGUCACUGCUUUUGUCAUUGCGUUCAUCAAAUCCUGGAGGCUGACACUUGUGACUGCCACCAUCGUCCCUUACAUGAUCCUGACAACUGGGCUGCUUUCCUUCCUAGAUGCAAGGUUCGAAGCAAAAAUGCGCAAUAUCUAUCUGAAGGCAUCCGGUAUGGUCGAAGAGUGGUUCAGCAGUGUUCCCACGAUCACCGCCCUUGGUGCGGCAGACAAGGUCACAGCACAAUACCAGCAAAUCAUCGAGAAGAACAAGACGUUCGGCAUCAAGAGAGGACCUAUCGAGGCAUCAAUCUUUGGGAAUAUGUGGUUUGCGGUGUACAGCGGUUACGCCCUUGCAUUGUACUACGGAGCGAGACUGCUCAACCGCAAUGAGAUAGAAAACGGUGGCGCACUUAUUACUGUGUUGUUGGCUAUUGUCAUCGGCAGCUCGUCGAUGGGACUAGUUGCUCCUUCUCUACCUAACUUCAUCAAGGCUGCAGCAGCGGCACAACAGGUUCUGAGGGUAUUGAACGAGUCUUCCUCUAGGGACUCAGCUCCCGACCAGUCUCGCAAGAUCAUACCGGCGACAAUUAACGGGCAAUUGAGUUUGAGAAACGUCUCGUUCUCCUACCCGACAAGGCGAACCAUUAGCGUUCUGAAUGACCUGAGCAUAGAAAUUCCAGCCAACAAGUUGACUGCAAUCGUCGGUCAUAGUGGAUGUGGUAAGAGUACCGUCGUGGGGCUCCUGGAGCGGUGGUAUGAUCCUAAUCACGGGUCGAUCUAUCUGGACGGCACAAAUAUACGGGAUCUCGACCGGGGCUGGCUGAGAGGACAGAUGGGGCUGGUGCAGCAGGAACCGAUGCUAUUCAACGAUACCAUUUAUCAAAAUGUCUUAAACGGACUAGGUAAACCCAAGACAGAGAGACUUGACGAAAGCGGCAGACGCCGGUUGGUCAUCGAGGCUUGUACUACAGCAAACGCGCACGACUUCAUACAAGCACUCCCUGAAGGGUAUGACACCAGGGUCGGCGAGCAUUCUGACCUCCUGAGCGGCGGCCAGAAGCAAAGGAUUGCCAUCGCCAGGAGUAUCAUUUCAAAACCAAAAAUCCUUCUCCUGGACGAAGCCACCAGCAACUUAGAUCGGGACUCCCAAAGAGUUGUACAACAAGCACUGGCAAGAGCUGCUCAGGGCCGAACUACGGUGAUGAUCGCGCACCAGUUGUCUACCAUCGAGCACGCGGACAAUAUCAUUGUCAUGGAACAUGGCCACGUUACAGAACAAGGUACGCAUGCCGCUCUUGCGGCUGCCGAUGGACCAUAUGCGCGUCUGCUCCGUGCAAAGAGCCUAAUCAAGGGCAAAGACGGGCCUUCGAACGGGGCGACGCAGGUCAGCAACAAGCAGGUAGCGGCCACGACCCAGAAAUCACUCUCCACGAAAGAGCCUCAAAAACAAGCAGAGACCGCAGACGGCGCCACGCUUCUGGAGGCAAGAUCGAUCAGUCGACGCUUUUCUCUGAUUACAUGCUUGCUCAAGAUGCUCUCCGACCAAAAAAGCAUCAUCCCCAUCUUCGUGGGCGGUCUAAUAGGCGGUGUCGCUGCAGGCACUCUCAUUCCUAUUCAAGCCUUUCUUUUCUCGAGACUGGUGACUAUCUUUCAAUACCAGGGUUCGAAAUUGCUCACCAAGGCCGACUUCUGGGCGCUUAUGUUCUUCAUCCUAGGAUUGGCGCAUUUGGGAAUCUUUGCCGUCACCUGGUUUCUAUUUGCUGUAGCGGCCUCGAGAAGCUCCCUGAAAUAUCGCGCCGAGUACCUGCGAGGGCUGCUCAUUCAAGAUAUCACCUUCUUCGAGCAAGGAGGCAACUCAUCCGGGGGUCUGACCGCCUUGCUGGGACUCGACGGCGACGAAAUGGACUUGAUGAUCGGACUGAACAUCGGUCUCCUUGUCCUUUUCCUCGUCGACUUGACCGCAAACACCAUCUUGGCACUCGCUGUUUACUGGAAACUGGCGUUGGUGGGGGUCUUGUGUUGCGUGCCCCUGCUUCUGCUGGGAGGGUACUUGCGCAUGAGGAUCGACCGAGAAUCAGAGGACCGAGCGUCGAAGUUUUUCGUCGAGAGUGCCCGCUUCAGCUCUGAGGCAGUUGGAGCGAUUCGGACAGUCGCAUCCCUGACGAUGGAAUCCAAGGUGAUUGAGCGGUAUGCGGGCAGAUUGAAGACUGCCGCCGUGAGUUCCAUGAGACGGACUUUGUUGUCCAUGUUCUUCUUCUCCCUCGCAGACUCCUCCGACUUGCUAGCCAUGUGUUUGGUGUUCUGGUAUGGUGGCAGGCUUGUCUCUUACGGUGAUCUGGGAGUUUCGGCGUACUUCUUGGUUUACGGCGCCGUCAUUUUCGGAGGGCAGUCCGCUGGAUACUGUAUAGGAUACACCGCGAGCAUCACGAAAUCUCAAGCCGCGAUGAACCGUGUCUUUUACAUGAAGCAGAAAAAACCGGCCAUCAACUUGCAUCCAGGCGCCGACCCACGCACACUGCCUCCCACAGAAGCCGCCAUUGAAUUCAAGGACGUCUGUUUCCGCUACCCGGCUCGCCCGGACGUGGAAGUCCUCCAUGAUCUGAACCUCAAGAUCCGACCUGGCGAGAAGGUGUGUAUAACAGGACCCAGCGGCUGUGGCAAGUCCACCAUCAUUGCGCUCCUCGAACGCUUCUACGACGUCAAAUCCGGCGAGAUUCUCAUCAAGGGGACCGACAUCCGCUCGCUUGACGUCAACGCUUACCGCGCGACACUCGGUUUCGUGUCGCAGGAGACCACCCUCUAUCAGGGCACCCUGCGUCACAAUCUCCUCCUGGGCGUCGAGGACGAUGCGGCCGUAACCGACCAGCAGCUCGAGGCAGUCUGCCGCACCGCCAACAUCCACGACUUCAUCAUCUCCCUGCCGAGUGGCUACGACACGGACUGCGGGCCGCACGGCCAGGCCUUCAGCGGCGGCCAGAGGCAACGCAUCGCAGUCGCCCGGGCGCUCCUCCGCGACCCCCAGGUCCUGCUCCUGGACGAAGCCACGAGCGCGCUGGAUCUCGAGAAUGCCGAGCUCGUGAGAAACGCAUUGGACAAGGCCGCCGGGGCUGGGGCUGGGGCCGGGGCUGGGGCUGGGUCAUCCGGCAACGAGAAGGCAGGAAAUGGCCAGGGCAGCGGGGGACAAACCAUGAUCAACAUCUCGCAUCAGGUGGAGACGAUGAAGUCGGCCGAGAAGAUCGUCGUGGUGGACAAAGGGGCGGUGGUCGAGUCCGGGACGUUCGAGGAGCUGAUGCGGAAGAAAGGAUUUCUCUGGACCAUGAUGGUGGAAGGUGACUUGACGUAAAAAUCACAACGAUGCCGCCCCUAUCUGCGAGGCAUACUCACUCCUAUCCCGCGUGAGCUGUGCGAGCGGAUCAUCCUUGUCUCACGGUACCUACAUACGUACCCAAGUAAGUAGGUAUGUAGGUAUGCAGGUAUGUAGUCGCUACAGGCUAAAGCCUUAGUACUGGAGCUAAAAUGCUAAUGUGCUGGACCUUAGCACGGAUCCAUCACGCUUAAGAAGC